AUGUUUGUUUCUUUUCAGCUGUUUGAGAUGGGUUUAGAGCUUUCACUUGCACGUCUAAAAGCUCUUGCAAAAUAUGCUUUUGGGAUGGGAUUGGCUCAGGUUUUACUGUCUACUUUAGCAUUUACUGCUUUUGAGCUUCCUCCAAAUGCAGCCGUUGGAACAAAAAUUUUGGAAUUCCUUUUCCACUCUAGGCCUGAUCUGGUGAACAUAAGAAGUGUCGAUGAAGCUGUAGUGAUUGGUGCUGCUCUCUCUCUGUCAUCUUCUGCAUUUGUUCUACAGCUUCUUGCGGAGAAAGGUGAGCUUCCUACAAGAUUUGGUUCGGCAACUCUUGGAAUACUUCUUUUGCAGGACUUAGCCGUUGUACCUCUUUUAGUCAUACUUCCAAUACUAGAGAGCCAGAAUAUAUCCGAAGGGAGUAUUUGGCCCAUGCUUGCUCAAGAAAGUUUAAAGGCAUUAGGUGGAUUGGGUCUGCUUUCUCUCGGGGCAAAGUACAUUCUCAGAAGAGUUUUUGAGGUUGUUGCAGAUACAAGGAGCUCAGAGGCUUUUGUUGCUCUUUGCUUGCUGACAAUUGCUGGGACUUCACUAGGCACACAGAAUUUGGGCUUUAGUGACACGCUCGGUGCUUUUUUAGCUGGGGCUAUUUUAGCAGAGACAAACUUCAGGACCCAGAUUGAAGCUGACAUAAGACCAUUUAGAGGCUUGCUGCUUGGAUUGUUUUUUCUAACUACGGGAACUUCAAUUGAUAUGCAGCUCCUUUUACGAGAGUGGCCAAAUGUGCUUUCCCUCUUGGGAGGUUUAAUUGUUAUAAAGACAUUGAUAAUAACUGCAAUUGGUCCUCGUGUUGGGCUUACUUUACAAGAGAGUGUAAGAAUAGGAUUGCUCCUAUCCCAAGGAGGCGAGUUUGGAUUUGUAGUUUUCUCUUUAGCAAAUAGGCUUGGAGUGCUUCCUCUUGAGCUCAAUAAGCUGCUCAUAAUUGUUGUUGUAUUGUCAAUGGCAUUAACCCCAUUUCUGAAUGAAGCUGGAAGAAGGGCUGCUAGUUUUAUUGAAGAAAAAUCUAAUGCUGAUAAUAAUCAAAAAGCUUCAGAGACAGUUAACUUCAACGUUAGUGAACCUGUUGUUAUCCUUGGAUUUGGACAAAUGGGCCAGGUCCUUGCCAAUUUCCUGUCCAAUCCAUUAGCUUCAGGAGGAGAUAGUGAUGAAGUAGGAUGGCCUUAUGUGGCAUUUGAUCUGGACCCCACUGUCGUAAAGACUGCUAGAAAUAUUGGCUUUCCUAUACUAUAUGGGGAUGGAUCACGUCCAGAUGUUCUUGAAUCUGCUGGUGUCUCUUCUCCAAAAGCUUUCAUGAUUAUGUACACCGGGAAGAAGAAGACAAUUGAUGCUGUUCAGAGGCUAAGAUUGACUUUUCCUGCGAUCCCAAUCUAUGCCAGAGCUCGUGAUCUGAAGCAUCUAUUAGAUCUGAAAAAGGCAGGUGCAACAGAUGCCAUUUUGGAAAAUGCAGAGACUAGCUUGCACCUGGGUUCUAAGCUGCUGAAAGGCCUUGGUGUAAUGUCUGAUGAUGUAGCAUUUUUGAGUCAGCUUAUUAGAGAUUCCAUGGAGCUCCAAGCUCAAGAAGUAAUCAGCCAAUCCGAAAAUCGUGGAAUAGAUAUUAUGAGACCGCUGCAGGUGAAAGCUUCUGACUUGAGGGAAGCACGUGUUCCGGUGGCAACAACUUCACCAGAAUCUGAAUUAUCAGAAAUGAAUCAGAAAGAUCAAGCUUCAUCAGUUAGAAAUCAAAGGGAAGUAGAUCCAGAAGAACAAGAACAUGAACAUAAUGAAGCUGUGAAAUUUGAAGGAAAUGGUGUUUUACUUAGCACACAAAGUAUUGAAGAAAGCUCAGUGGUUGGUGACCCAUCAACCCCUUCUUCCCAUACUGCUACUGAGGAACCCUGA